AUGAAUACUUGUUUGAUAUCGAAUCUCAAAUUAAUAAAUAAUAAUAAUAAUAUAAAUGAUAAUUUGUAUGUAGAAUUUAUUGAACUAACAUCAUUGAUUAUUGUUACAGAAGCGCAAAUUGCACCAUUGGAAGAAUUCCAUACAUUUUUGGAAAAAUGUUUGCACAAACAUGUUUUGGAGUACAUAGUAAAGCCUCUAACAAGGCCUGGCGAUAAUUUUGCAUCUGUGAUACAGGCGCUUGAAGUGAAAACAAUCAACAACAAUGAUCCAACUGAAAUUGAAAUGUUGAAUUUGGUAUUUAAAAAACCAAUUCCAGGUUUUGUGAAUACAUACCAAUCCGAACAAUUUUUGAGUGAAGUACAUUUUUAUACGGAUAUUAUUCCAGCAAUAAAACAAUUUGAAGAAAGUUUAAAUAUUCCCGAGACAGAAAGGAUUGAGGCAUUUGCACGGUAUUUUGGAUCAAGAAUAUCCUUGAAUCCAGGUGCUGAACGUGUUGAUAUGGAUGCAAUAAUACUUUUUGAAAAUCUCAAAUCACUCAAUUACCAUAGUCCAAGUCAAUUUGAUAAAGAUGACAUUUUUGCAAUUUUAAAAAUAUUAGCGAAAUUGCAUGCAUUGUGUAUUGCAAUGAGACGUCUGCAGCCACAUUUAUUCUAUUCGAACGUUGAUCCAUACUUGCAUAAUGUUUAUAGUCGUUCGUUUCUUGACACUAUUAAAUUCACAAUAACGGAUAAAUUUAUCGAGAAGGAAUUAGCAAAUUUCUCAGAAAUGCCGAAAAGUGUUCAAAUCGCGAUCAAGGAUUUAAUCAAACUUUGUAAGAAUUUGUUAAGAAAUCAGAAUCGUAUUCCGGAUACGCCAUAUACAACGUUUUAUCAUACAGAUUUAUGGUCGAAAAACAUUCUGAUUAAAAAGGAUGGUACCAAUAAAAAUUACACUCAAGUUAAAAUAGUGGACUUUCAAUUAUAUCGCUAUGACACAUUCGUACAUGAUUUAGUACAAUUUUUACUUAUAAAUGCUCGUAUCAACGAUUUGAAAACCAAUUUUAAGUCAUUUAUCGAAUACUAUCAUUUGGAAUUUGUGAAAACGAUGCGGUACACCAAUUGCCCGUUGAACGAUUACACGUACGAAAAGAUAUGGAAAGAAAUCAAGGAUAAAGCGAAAUAUAAUUUAUUGGAUUUAUAUUAUUAUUUGGCUAAACGUACUAUUAUCUGGGUUUUUUACAUGGAGCAGCCAACACCAAAAGCUAUUGUAAACCGAUUAAAAUGUAUUAAUGAUUUAUAUGUUGAAAAUGGAUUGAUUUAAAACUGAACGAAAUAAAUUAUAAUGAAAUUGUCAUAUGACUCAA